AUGCGUUUUGUAUACCCGGGUCACCUGUUUUGGCAGGAGGAUUCGGGCCCCAUCCAACUCAUCACGUUAGCGAUUUGCUUAACCAUCCGAGCUGUCGAGUGCUCCAACGGUGGCAAGAACAUCACUACCACGACUGCGAUCGCGAUUUUCCUUGUCCGCGCACGAGAGCUGAACUUCAAUGACGGUCCCAACCGACUCACCGGCAUCACGAUGACCAUGUCUCAACUGUGCAGUUCGGCUCUGGGGGCCGGAUGUUGGCGCACGACUGUCACGCGGCUCUCUUCACUACCGAGUGGGGUACCGGGAUUCGUAACAAUUGGCCACAGCUUCCCUCUUCCACAGGACGACCCGAACGUCGGCAACCAGUGUGUUGUGCUGCGAAGCGGAGACCGUGACGAGGACGAACAGCGACGCAUCAAGGAUAUGCAACAAGAGCCUCGGUACAUCGACAACAUGGACAGUAAGCAGUGCCUUGCGUACAACGCUCGCGAAAGCUGCAUCCAGAAGAAAGCUGCUCAUGAGAAGCUUGCCAGCCUCCGAGCUCAGGUAGGGGACGCAGAGCAGCGGUAUCUCGAACACGCCCGCCAGAUCUCACGCCGCAGUGCCAAGAAGGCUCAGGAGAAACAUAGCAACGGUGACCCGAAGGCCACGUAA